AUGGUAAUUUGUGAGCAGGAAAAUCCAACCAUGCAGCUGAAUGAGACUGGAGGUCAAGCACUGGCUCCAGAGCCAUAUGAGAUGCAGAUACUACAGGAGGAAAGCUUUGGAAACUGCAGCGGAAGCUCCACCAUCAACAUGUCUCUGCACUGCUGGCUGCAGCUCCUCUCUAAGGAAUCUAUCAUGGAGUUUCAAGGAGACAGCUCCAGUCUGGUGGUGCGUAUGUUGAUAGCUUGUGUCUACUCCAUAGUUUGUGCACUGGGGCUGGUAGGAAACUCACUGGCGUUGUAUCUGCUGCACUCACGUUACAGGGAGAAACAAUCAUCAAUCAACUGCUUUGUGAUGGGACUGGCUAUCACAGACCUGCAGUUUGUGCUGACGUUGCCGUUCUGGGCUGUGGACACAGCAUUGGACUUUCGCUGGCCAUUUGGCCGUGUGAUGUGCAAAAUCAUCAGCUCUGUCACCACCAUGAACAUGUACGCCAGUGUAUACUUCCUCACAGCUAUGAGCGUGGCACGUUAUUACUCCAUCUCCACCGCGAUGAAGAUGCACAGCCGGCGUGCGGCAGCCACCAGAGCAAAGUGGACGAGCCUGGGCAUCUGGACUGUGUCUCUGCUGGCAACUCUGCCUCAUGCCAUCUACUCCACCAGCUUCCAAGUUUCUGAUGAGGAGCUUUGCCUGGUGCGCUUUCCAGACUCAGGCAGCUGGGAUCCACAGAUUCUUUUGGGUCUCUACCAGCUGCAGAAGGUCCUGCUGGGCUUCCUUAUCCCUCUGAUCAUUAUUACUGUCUGCUACCUGCUGCUGGUGCGCUUCAUCCUCAGCCAGCGCAUCGCAGGAGCCGGGGGCCCAGAGGUGGAGCAGGGCCGUCAGAGGCGUCGCUCUAAAGUGACCAAAUCCAUUGUGAUCGUAGUUCUGUCCUUCUUUCUGUGCUGGCUUCCUAACCAGGCGCUGACUCUGUGGGGAGUGCUCAUAAAGUUUGACCUUGUGCCCUUCAGCAAGGCUUUCUACAACGCGCAGGCCUAUGCCUUCCCCCUGACUGUGUGUCUGGCACACACCAACAGCUGCCUGAACCCCGUGCUCUACUGCUUGAUCCGCAGAGAGUUUCGUGCAGCUCUGAAGGAAUUUCUCCUCCGCGCCACGCCGUCCUUCAGGAGCCUGACUCAUCUGCUGCGUCGCAAAGCCAAAGUGGCUGAGGCGCCGCCUGUUCUGGUGCUGGUCCAAAUGGAUGUCUGA